UUGGACUUAAGACAAUAUUAUGAAAUAUGAUCAUCUCUAAGAAAACGGCAGCCAGCUUUAACACUACCGUUAACAACGGUAGCGGCGGUCUAGAGUCGCAGCCGCUGAAGCAUAUGUUGCCGCAACUUCAAGCAAAGUGGAGAGAACUUAAAUGGAUAGCUUGUCUCUUGGGUUUGACAGUUUUGCUUUCUUUAAUUGUCUACCAUUUGGCCUCACUUGUUCAGCCACUGCCUCUACCGCUACCGCAAAUUUCCAGCUUUUCAGCGUUUGUGCCACCGUUGAUCACUGACAAACAAAAACCUAACUACACUGAAACCUCUGAGGAAGAAGAUAGGAGAAAUUUGGCAAGAAUCCUAAGAGAAGCAUCGACGGAAGAGAAGACGGUGAUAGUGACUAUGAUGAAUCAGGCUUAUGCGGAACGAAACUCAACAUUCGAUGUGUUUCUCGAGGGCUUUCGAGUCGGCAACGGCACUGAGAGACUGCUCCGUCACGUUGUGGUGGUGUGUUUGGACAAGAAAGCUUACUCACGGUGUGUGGAGGUCUUCCCUCGCCGUUGCUUUUUUCUGAGGACAGCCGGAAUUGAUUUCUCCGGCGAGAGACUGUUCAUGGUUGGGGAUAAUCUCAAGAUGAUGUGGCGCCGAACCGAGUUCUUGGGUUCUUUGCUUAAACUUGGAUAUAACUUCCUCUUCACGGACAUGGAUACACUGUGGCUUCGAGAUCCAUUUCCUCGAUUCAUUGCAAAUGUAGAUUUUCAGAUCGCUUGUGAUCACUUCAAUGGAAACGUCAGUGACACUCACAAUUAUGCCAAUGGGGGAUUCAAAUUCGUCAUUGCCAACGACAGAACAGUAGAAUUCUACAAAUAUUGGUAUGAGUCCAGACUGAGAUUCCCCGGAAAAAACGAGCAGGACGUGACUAACAAAAUCAAAGACGAUCAAUACAUCAAAAAGAUUGGGCUGAAGAUGAGGUUUCUCGACGCGACACACGUUGGAAAUUUCUGCCAACCAAACUGGGAUAUUACCAAAGUUUGCGUAAUGCAUGGGAAUUGUUGCAUUGGACAAGAUAAUAAGCUCAAGGAUUUAAGACAAGUUCUUGAGGAUUGGACGACUUAUUUGUCCAACGAAGAUCCAAAAAGAGGGUUUCAACAGCCGAUGAAUUGCCGGAGAAGUCUAAGGCGGAGGUCUUACAAAAGGAGAGGUUGAUUUCGUUUCCGUGACAUUGGUGGAAAGUAAAGAAUAAUAGCCAAAUGAAGCAAAAAAAUAUCAUGUUCAACAAUACAUUAUAGUGAUUGGAGAUUGUUGUUACUUGACGACCCAUAUAUUAUUAAACACAUUAGAUAAACCCAUACCUUAGAAGGUAUGCAGAGUGUUUGUUUCAUCUGUCUGUAUCGCUGGCUAAUUUCUA